UCUAGGACCUAAUUGUCUUGAGAGACGGAGAGUUUAUUCCACUAUCUUGACUUUCACAGAGUUAAUAGGUUCUUUAGCAAUACUUGAUAUAUAAAGCUGGGUCUAUUAGAUUCAUCUAUAUAGUGGUACGGCGAACUGUAAUUGUGCUUUUAAACAAAUUAAGCCACCUGCAAUAUCUAAUAAGGCUCUACAAUAUCCAUUUGAAAAGCCAGUCUUAAUACAUCUGAGAAUUUUCAAUAAUUUCUGAUCAGUAAAAAAUGUUCCAGGUGAACCAUAAAAUCUUUUUUGUUUUCUUUAGACCUUCUUCUACGACAACGACCAUACGGGAGUGUCGUUGGAAUUUAAAUGCCCAAAUAGCGUGUUAUGACCGUUCUAACGUAUGAAUAUGAGUAAUCGCAUUCCGAUGACUAGGUUCUUGCCAAGCCUGACAGAUUUUAGCGUGUUGGAGACUGAUCCACGAACAUUUGAGUGGCUGGUCUUCUUGCAUGACCCGACUCAAUCCAAUCAGCGAGUCCCAGAACUUGCUCUGCACCAAACUAAGAUCAAGCAGAAGGGUUUGCAAUGGCAGAUCCUCCUAUCUUCAGCUCCUUUUGCACUUCCAUCGUCCUUCUGUCACUGUUGCGCCUGUCAAGUGCAGGUGACACCUUGAGUUCAGUUCAAUCUAUCAAAGAAGGAGAGACUUUAGUUUCCCAGGGCCGAAAAUUUGAGCUUGGUUUCUUCUCUGCCGGAAGCUCAAAGAACAGCUUCCUAGGGAUAUGGUUCGUGGUGAGUCCUGAAACGGUUGUUUGGGUUGCUAACAGGAACAGUCCACUCACCGAUUCAAAUGGUACUCUGGAAAUAAGCAAUGAAGGUGAACUUGUUCUUCUCAACCAAUCAAAGAGCGUCAUUUGGUCAACGAAUUCAACCAAGGUUAUUGGAAACCCAGUUGCACAGCUCCUAGAUUCUGGUAACCUUGUUCUUAGGGAAAGCGACAGUUCAGGUUCUGUGGAUUACUCAUGGCAGAGCUUUGAUUACCCAUCAGACACGAUGUUGGAUGGUAUAACAAUGGAAUGGAACUUUAGAAACGGUUUGGCACGUCAUCUGACUUCUUGGAGAAGUACAGAUGAUCCUUCCCCUGGUGACCAUACAUUCGGAUACAAAAUUGACGGCUUACCUCAACUUGAAAUAGUCAGCAGGGGGUCAGUCAAAUUAUUUCGAACGGGGCCAUGGAAUGGAGUUGGAUUUGGUGGUGAUUCCAAUGAGACGAGUAUCAUCGUUAAAACCAUCGCUGUUUACAACGAAACGGGUGCCUAUUACAAGUCUGAAACUUUAAAGGACAAUGUCACUCUCAAAGGCAUAUUAAGGUCAGAUGGUGUUAUGCAGUGUCAUAUAUUGAAGAGUGGAAGCACGGUGUGGGAUUUUAUGUACUCGGUCCCUCAUGACCCUUGUGACACCUAUGGACUGUGUGGCGCUAAUGGCGUAUGCAGAGUUAACCAAAGCCCAAGAUGCCUCUGCUUGCAGGGUUUUAUGCCCAAGUCACAAGAGGCGUGGGACAUGCUUAAUUCGACAGAGGGGUGCAUAAGGAAAAUUCCAUUGAAUUGUUCUCAGCGGGAGGGUUUUAUGAAGCUUUCGCAGGUGAAACUACCUGACUUGGUAGAUUUCCAGCUAUUCAAGAAUAUGAGCCUUGGGGAGUGCAAGGUUGAGUGUCUAAAGAAUUGUUCUUGCACGGCUUAUGCUAAUUCGGAUAUUAGAGGAGCAGGCUGCUUGAUGUGGUUUGGCGAUCUCAUUGAUAUUAGGGCAAUUGACGUGACUGAUAAUGGGCAAUAUCUCUUCCUACGGCUACCUGAUUCUGAAUUAGAUUCAAUCCACAGUCCAUCCAAGAAACUGGUGACUAUCAUAGUGGCUUCAGCCAUUUCGGGAUUGCUUAUAGUAGGCAUGACAUUGAUCAUAAUCUGGAAGAGAAGAAUGAAAAGACGAGGCAUGCCAAGUGGGACAGAUGACAUUGACUUACCAUUAUAUGAUUUUGCUACCGUUGCUGUUGCCACCAACCAUUUCUCUCAAACAAACAAGCUAGGAGCGGGCGGCUUCGGUUCGGUCUACAAGGGAAGUCUUUCCACAGGACAAGAAGUUGCAGUGAAAAGGCUGUCAAAAUUUUCUGGGCAAGGUCCUGAUGAGUUUAUGAAUGAAGUCGUUCUAAUCGCCGGACUUCAGCACCGGAAUCUUGUUGGACUUGUUGGCUGCUGCAUUGAGGGUGAAGAAAGAAUGUUAAUUUAUGAAUACAUGCCAAACAAAAGCUUGGAUUAUUUCAUUUUUGAUCAUGACAGAAGCUCCUCUUUGGAAUGGAAAAGGCGAUUUGACAUUGUUUUAGGAAUCGCCCGAGGACUUCUCUAUCUCCACCAGGAUUCAAAACUACAAGUUAUCCACAGAGACCUUAAAGCGAGUAACAUUUUGUUAGAUUAUGACAUGAAUCCAAAGAUUUCGGAUUUCGGCCUGGCAAGGAACUUUCAAGGUGAUGACACAGAGGCAAAGACUAGAAGAAUAGUUGGUACAUAUGGUUACAUGUCCCCAGAGUAUGCCUUUGACGGAAAAUUCUCUGUGAAGUCUGACGUUUUUAGCUUCGGUGUGCUAUUGUUAGAGAUGGUCAGUAACCAAAGGAAUAGAGGAUUCCAACAUCCUGAUCAUUGUCACAACCUUCUUGGGCACGCAUGGUUGCUAUGGAGUGAAGGGAGGGCCAUGGAACUCGUAGAUGUAUCUUUAUGCGACUCUGUCGUGGAGUCUCAAGCUGAGAGAUGCGUUCAGGUGGGCUUGCUAUGUGUCCAAAAGUUUCCUGAAGAUAGGCCAAUAAUGUCCAGUGUUAUUUUCAUGUUGGCAAAUGAAGGAGCAACCUUGCCACUGCCUAAAGAGCCUGGUUUCUUCAUGGAGAGGAGUUCAGGUAGCUCAUAUGCAUCUUUAGUUAAGGAAGAAGCCUACACACCCAAUGUUAUUACGGUCACAUUGCCAGAAGGUCGAUAGAAAUGUCAUUGAGGAUGUUUCUGCAGAUUUUAGGCAUGUCAUCUCGGGUACAAAGGACAGAAGAAGCAUCUGAUAGUGUAAAGUUCAAUAAUAAACUUGUCAAACAAGGUAUUGAAAGUUUCGGUACUGAAUUUUAAGUAUUGAAAAUAAAGAUAAAAAGUUGCUCGGUGAUAA